CAACGCCGACCCUGCCGACUCAGUGCGACAUUCAUCGCAUCGAAAUUCCCAGCGCGUACUGGGCCCUCAUUUUUUUUCACCUCAUGAUUCCCAUGCGUUGCCCACAAUGACCCAGGACAUGGAAACGUUUAGCGCCCGCCUUGCCAGCUUCGACCUGGUGCUGCAGCCGGAGAAGCGACGAGGAUCGAGCGCGAAGACCGCGAAAGCGAUCGCCUGGCCUCACAGGAGGCCUUCGCCUGCUGAAUUGGCGCAUGCGGGUUUCUUUUAUAACCCCUACGAAACCAACCCCGAUAAUACAACAUGUUUCCUCUGUCGGAGAGCGCUCGAUGGAUGGGAAGAAGAGGACAAUCCGAUCACCGAACAUCUGAAGCAUUCCCCAGACUGCGGAUGGGCUCUCAUGAUGGACAUUCAGCAGCACAGUUCCAACCCCGCAGAGAUUGAAGAUCCAACAAGCGACACGAUAAGACAGGCGCGAUUGGCCACGUUUGGUGAACUGUGGCCACAUGACGGCAAAAAAGGCUGGGUCUGUCAAUCGGAAAAGAUGGUUGACGGCGGGUGGUAUUUUUGCCCGACCGAGGAAAGCGACGACCUGGCAAGCUGUGCCUACUGCAAAUUGUCGCUCGACGGAUGGGAACCCAAGGACAACCCCUUUGAUGAACAUUAUCGCCGCUCAUCGGACUGUUCGUUCUUCGUAUUUGCCCAGUCAGGUGGCAAGAAGAAAACAUCUCGCUCGAAAAAAGCGCGCACCUCCAAGGCUUCCCGCCAAUCGACUCAAUCUACUAUCUCCGAGGCACCUGUGUCGGACGUCGACGUGAUCGACCCCCCUAUGUCCCAAUCAACUACAAAAUCGAAAAGCACGAAGAAGUCGUCCAAGACUAAGACGAAAACCUCCAAGUCGAAGAAAGCCGAUCCCGAACCCAGCGCCGCAGAAAUGGAAAUCGACAACGGUGAACAACCUCAGCCUGAGGACCCCCAACCAAAGCGAGCCACCCGAGGCAAGAAGCGGGCCAGCGGUGAAGUCGAUUCUGACCAGGAGAGAUCCGGUGUUGCCAAUACCCAGGAUGUCGAGCAUGCCGAGGCCCCGACGAAAAAGAAGGCCAAAAAGUCGCGCGAGAGUGCUCAAGAACGCGGCGAGCAAGAGGAUCUCGUGAUUGCCGAUGCACAGCAGGAUGAGGAUGCCGCUCGGGAACCCCAGGAACCCCAGGAACAAGAAGAGCCUAAAAAGACCCGUGGAACCAGCAAGAAGAAGACAUCAUCCAAGUCGCGUAAAGCGAGCGAGUCGUCGACUGCUCAGCAGACUGCGAAGUCCGAAGAGCCCCAAGACGUCGAUAUGUACGCCGCCCUGGAAGCAGAGCUCGACCACGCUGGGUCGGCACAGUCCAACGAGGAGACCGAAAAGAAAACCGCGAAGAAGUCCAAGUCCAAGUCUAAGAAAAAGAAGAAGGACACGUCCCCGGAACCACCAGCUGAGGCUGUCGACCAAGUGGAACAAUCACAUCCGGGCGCUCCUGAAGAAACUCAAACGGCCGAGUCGCCGGUCCCCGAGGAACCUGCUCAGCCGAAAACAAAAAGGGAAUCAAGCCAGCGGGAAAAGUCAAGGGGUCGAAGCAGCUCUAGGCGAGUAACCGAAGAACCGACAGAACCAGCGAAGCCUGCCGAACCCGUUCCUGAACCGGAUCAUGAAUCGGACGAUGACAGGGAUGUGGAUGUAUCCCGGCACGAAUCAUUCGUCUCUGUGGAAAUUACAAAUAAGAAACCCGUGGAAGAUCCUCCGGCCGAGCCUGGUGACAAGGGCACGAAGAAGAAACAGAAACAAAAGACUUCGUUAGAGAAGACCAAAAAGCCGAAGAAGUCGUCAAAGACGGCACCGGAGCCAGUCCCAUCGGUCGAGGAACAGGUCGAGGAGCAGGUUGAAGAGCCCAAGGCCGAAGAACGAGUCCAGCCAGAAGAGCCCCCAAAGCCUCAGGACACCCAGGAGGCCGCCGAACCCGAACCCGAUUCACAGCCACCUCGGCGCAGAUCUUCUAGAGUGCCUCCUAAGACAGCCGAGCGAUACAGUGACAUUCCCGAGGAGAGGCAAUUUGCUAAGUCGCUUGCACAAUCACGCGGAUCCAGUGGCCAUGCCGCUCCAGAAGACGAUGUCAAGGCAGAUGAGCCUGAAGCUGUUUCCCCCAUUCCAUCUGCUUCGAAGAGCACUCCGUCGCUAUCACCACAAUCUUCGGACGCCGAAAACCGACCGCCGUUCAUGAAACCAUCAGCAUCCCGGGCCGUUGCGGCGUCCCCCUCUAAGCAGCCAUCUCUCCGGGUUCCGUUGGCGCCGAGUACCCCUUCACCAUCGAAACGCACUGCCAACGCGGGCGGUCUCAGCUCAUCCUGUCCUUGGAAAGCGAUUGACAUCGACGAGAUUCUGCUAGCCGGCAACAGCGACAAGGAAAACGUCGACAUCACCACUGCUCUGAGCAGCGUCAAAGGCGAUUUGACAAGCCCAGAAAAGAAGAUGACCGUGGAACAAUGGAUCACGUGGAAUGCAAAGAACGGAGAGGAGAGACUUCGACGCGAAUGCGAGAGGCUUGUUGGUCAAUUCGAAAAGGAAGGGGCACGGGCAAUGCGUGUGCUGGAGGGAAUUGAAUGCACGGAUUAGGACCUGAUAUUUACUACAUUUCUCGGAUUGGGAGGGCAUGGGAUAUGGACGGACGGCGUUGGAUAAAUCGUUAAUAUUGGUGCUUUACAACAUCUGGAGUACAAUUUUUGCCGCAAUAGCAGUCAGUAC